GUUGUUGCCUGUAAGAAUAUAAAGUUCUCAGAAUGUUUGAUGCUUUUAAAGGGAUAACGUAUCUAUAAUGAUUAGGCCGAAGUCGAUGGUUAGCUUAGUCAUGAAUAAUGAAGGUGCACGUGUGACGAAGGCUAUACAGGACAAAACUGUGAGACUGAAUACAUACCCUGUGAUCCUAGUCCAUGUUUGAAUGGUGGCCAAUGUAGACAAAUCGACAAACAUAGUUACACUUGCGAAUGCCCUAGCGG